AUGAAACUAUCCACCCUGUUCAGCACGUUUGUGUGCGUAACCUUGGGUGUCGCCUCUUCCGCCAAAGAGUACUCCUACUUUGACGUGAAGAAGCUGUCUGAGUCGCUGGUCGACGGAUCGGCCCCGGCGGAUACCAUUCUCAUCGACGUGCGGGAACCCAGCGAGUACGCCGCGGGGUUCAUUCCGGGCGCUUUCAACAUGCCUUUGAAAACGCAGUCGUUCGCCCUGUGCAAGUCCCCCGAGGAGUUUGAAACGGCCAUGGGGUUCCCCAAGCCCAGUAAGAACAUGCACGUGGUCUUCUACUGCCAGAGCGGAGUGCGGGCCCGAAUGGCUGAAAAACAGGGAGAGCAAUGUGGAUAUGAAAACCGGGGGAUUUAUCUGGGAUCCUGGAAGGAGUGGAGCCAGUAUGAGACAGAGGUGGGGCAGUGUUAG